GUGAUUUUGCUUCGAAAAAGUCUGCAUUCUGUGAAGUGAUGUGUGAUUGGCACUAGAUAAAGUUGUUUUGUUAUCUGUUUGGUUUCUGAGAAAAUGAAAAAAACAAAGUGCUGAAAUCUGAGAAACUGAACAACUGCUGAGAUUUAGACUGGCUGAGUUUGUUCUGUGGAAAUCAAAAGAAGCUUGAUUUUCUACUACGAAAUUUCUUUCAUUUUUUGCUUGCUGAUUUGAUCAAAUGGCGGAGAAGUGUGCAAUUGCAAAAGAUGUUACUGAAUUGAUAGGUAACACACCACUCGUGUAUCUCAACAACAUUGUGGAUGGUUGUGUUGCUCGUAUUGCUGCCAAGCUAGAGAUGAUGGAACCCUGCUCAAGUGUCAAAGACAGGAUUGGGUACAGUAUGAUCCAAGAUGCAGAGGAGAAGGGCCUCAUUACGCCUGGCGAGAGUGUCCUCAUUGAGCCUACCAGUGGUAAUACUGGCAUUGGUUUGGCAUUUAUGGCAGCUGCUAAGGGUUACAAGCUCAUCAUUACCAUGCCUGCUUCAAUGAGUAUGGAAAGGAGAAUUAUUCUCCGAGCUUUUGGAGCUGAAUUGGUUCUUACAGAUCCUGCCAGGGGCAUGAAAGGGGCUGUUCAAAAGGCAGAAGAGAUACUGGCAAAGACUCCCAAUGCCUAUAUUCUUCAGCAAUUUGAAAACCCUGCCAAUCCAAAGAUCCAUUAUGAAACCACUGGACCAGAGAUCUGGAAAGGCACGGGUGGGAAAGUUGAUGCCUUUGUUUCUGGGAUAGGUACAGGAGGGACAAUUACAGGUGCAGGAAGGUACCUUAAAGACCAAAACUCUGAGAUUAAGCUAUAUGGCGUAGAACCAGUCGAAAGUGCAGUUUUAUCUGGAGGAAGGCCAGGCCCUCAUAAAAUCCAAGGAAUUGGUGCUGGUUUCAUCCCUGGAGUAUUGGAUGCCAAUUUACUUGAUGAAGUUGUUCAAGUAUCGAGUGAGGAAGCUAUCGAAACUGCUAAGCUUCUUGCAUUGAAAGAAGGUUUGCUGGUUGGAAUAUCAUCUGGUGCCGCUGCCGCUGCAGCAAUGAAGGUAGCUAAGAGGCCAGAAAAUGCUGGAAAACUCAUUGUUGUGGUGUUCCCUAGCUUUGGAGAGCGUUAUCUGUCAUCUGUGCUGUUUGACUCCUUGAAGCGAGAGGCAGAGAAUAUGAUUUUCGAACCCUGAAGUUUAGCUUCAAAAGGUUAUAUCUCUCCCACUAUUCGACUCUUGAAAUGUGAAACCUGGACCAUGGUUUUAAGGUCACAUUGCAGUUUUGAUUUGGGUUGGGGGGAGGGUUGUUUGUUGCUUCUUCAUGGUUUUUCAGUAAGUUAUACAAAUAAAUGUAGUUUUGCCGAUGUUUAUGUUUGCGAAAGGUUGUGUUUGGCUGGACUUGGACUCACCUCUAUGUUGUGAGAUAAAAUAAAGUUUGAUACAGAAUAUGCUCGGUAUAAAUGUUUUUUUCCCCUUUAUAAUUUUAAAUGAAAGAUUUAGGAGUCGUGACUUAAAGCUUAGGGCUAAAUA